AUGGAUGAGAUGGAGAAAUUUUUACGAAGUUCGGAUUUGGAGAGCUACACGGAAAUCUUUAAACGAUCCAAUGUGUUAACGUUAAUUGCAGAAAACAAAAUCGGAAUUAAUCAGAUUACAGAGACCACGGCGGAUUAUAUUCUCCCUUUAUUAAUAGCACCAAUUGGUGAUCAGCUGCGAUACAAGAAGGCUGUUGAAGCUUACAAAGCUAAUAUUUCAGUGUUGACUGAAUCGGAAUUGGACAAUUCAUCCGUCUGUAUCUUGAUACAUCAGGAGGAUGAAAGCUUCGAACAUUUUGAUAAUCAGGACAAAACUACAGAACAUCGAUAAGCAAGGCGACAUAAAAUCAUGUAGUUUUACAGUUGUUCAAGUCCA